AUGAAGGCUAUGAAGACCAAUUUACAUUUAAACUUGAACUUCUCGAGAAAGGACUCGAGUUCGGCAUCCCAGUCUGUCCCGACGCCAAACAGCAGCGUGACUGGAUUUAUGACUCCGGUCGACCAAGGCCAGUCGUUCUUGUUCCAGACGCCAGCAGUGGGUGUUAAACGGUCGGACUCUGUCAGCUCGCAAUACCCGGAGCUGUCUAAGGUGAACAGUUUCUCUUCCAUGACUUCAUCAUUUGACACGGCUGACAACAGCCCAGUGAACUUGCAAAACUACGAGUUCAGUCCUGUUUUCGAUGACGUUUUAAUUGGACUUUACCACUCAUACGCGAACAGACCAAACAUAACCCCUUUCAACAUCAACUUUCCUCCAUCUGGUAUCGUUUCGAAGAUUUCUAAGCAAAUGUACCAACGCUUGAUAAGCGACAGAACAUUACAAUUGGACAAAAGUCAAAAAACCACAGACGAUCUACUAACGGACUCUAACCAGGAGAUAUGUCUCUCUAUUAUCCGAAGACGAUUACUCGAUCUGUGCAGUGCUGCUGCCGCCGAGUCCGAGACUCUCACACGCUGCAGUUCUGUGUCUUCGACAUCCGGCCCACUUAUACCCCAACCAAGACCCUCCUGGCUUCACCAGAACCCGACCUUUUCUGCCACUCGACUCUCCUCUACCGACUCCCUUGUUGACUCUGUUCAGAUCACGCCUCAGCAAGUGCCGCCGCUCCAGAUGCCUUAUAGAGACUCCCAGACCGAUAUUUCGAUGAUCACUCCGCCGCAGUCCAGGGCUGGCUAUUCCCCUGCAUCAACAAAACCAAAACUUAGUAUCGAUCACUUUUCCUUCGAAAACACCGCCAAGUUGCAAAGCCCAUUCACGGAGACACAGUUCCAUUUUGGCCCAUCUACGCAGUCUCCAUCGAACCCCGUGUUCCCCAAGAGACCACAAAAGUCUAACUCGCUCAGCUCGCUAUUCUCUGGACCUGGCACACCGACAGGAGCGGCAAUGCCUGAACUUGAGGUCGAUCCUCUCUACAACGUCACAGCACAGCGGAAGAGAGAUAGUCUUAAGCUCAAGAGAAACAUGAAGUAA